AGUGGAUCACUAAAGGAGCCAGAGCCAAACAAAAUCCCACCUCAGCGACCACCACCUCAAGGGGGCCCAGUGCAUCCCCAAGGAAUGCAAUCCCAAAGCCAGGAGCCAUUGCAGCCCCAGCGCGUGUUCCCCGCGGGGCAGGCAGCAAAGCCCGCAGCCUCGCAGCCCCAGCGCCCGCCCGGACCCACCACCCAGCAGCCACGGCCCCAGGCCCAAGGUCCUCCCAGCUCCAGGUUAUCAAAGGAAGCAGAGCCACAGCCACAGCCCCAGCCAGAGCCACAGCCUGCGCCACAGCAGAAGCCUCAGUCGCAUCCGCAGCUUAACAAGUCGCAGUCCUUGACCAACGCCUUCAGCUUCACAGAGUCCUCCUUCUUCAGGUCGUCCGUGAACGAGGAUGAGGCCAAAGCUGAGACCAUUCGGAACCUGAGGAAAUCCUUUGCUAGUCUGUUUUCUGAUUAGCCAGCUUUGUGUCCACCUGAUAGAGUCUGACACCGCCAUGAAUGUCCCAUAGGUUUUGUUCCCUCCCUGUGCCAGCACCCUUCUCUACUGUGCUCACUGUUGUACCAAGCAAUAUGUUAAACCUACAGAAACACAAAGGAAGAGCAGGAGGACUUUGGUGAGGGAGAUCCCAUCCAGGAACACGUGAAAAACGUCUGGAAAGAAGGAAGGGUUCCAUUGCUCCCACAGAAUGUCCGGUUCUAAGGUCCUUAUCCAUUGUAAUUUUGUGGCCUUACUGUGACUGAAGUAUAUAAUCCUAUUUGAGACUCCUUUGUAGAGUUGUGUUAAUAAAGCAUUGAGGAAUGGGUUUCUCCUCGCUUUGCCCAUUUCCAAUGCGCUGCAAUGCAUGUGUAUUUCGUGUGUAACUGUUUUGUACUGCAGAAGUAUAGUCUUGACUUGUUCAUGCCUUCCAGGUUCAGGGGGCCAUUCACACUCACAUUCUUUGUCAAGCCACGUAAAUAAUGUGAAAUUGAAGCAGUUUCUUCCUCCUUAUCCAAUCCUUCCAUCAGCUGGUUGUGGACUUCUGAUGUAUUGCUGGGAGUUAUGAGUACACUAAAUGUCAUAAAUAGAGUGUAUAUGUACUACUGUAUCUCCAUAUGUCUAUUUAAAGAAUUUAUUUCCAGGCUGUAAGCAUUACUGGGUUUAGUUGCAAAGAAAAUGCAUGACGUUGCCCUUAUUUUUGUGAACACCUUCUAAUAAAUGUAAAGUCCCAUGCCUGAUUUAAAAAAAUGUCUUCUACAAAGCUUGUUUCGACAUCAAUAUAUAUAUAUUGUCUAUUUUGACUGAUAUCAAGAGUGUAGCUUUAUGAUUGUAAAAUAUUUGGACACAAACUACAGCUGUAAGAAAAUAAACUAUCACAAUGAA